AUGGAUACAGAAGAAAAAACUGGACUAUCUCCAGAGGUUCUCGGUGUAAUCAAAAAAGAAGUAAAAGCAGCAGCGUUAGAAUUUGAAGACAGUGCGUUUGGAUAUGCCAAAAAAACCGUAUUCAUGGAUUUCGGAAAGGGUCGUAUUUUAAAACAGGAGAAAUCCCAACAAUCCAAAACUACACUGGCAAUGUUUAUUUAUGUUCUGCUAGCUUGCACUUCCGGAUUCAUCACGUAUAAUGAGUCUUAUGAUUCAAAAACAGUCAUGGCAUUGGCCGCGACUGCAGUUCUAAUCCUUCCAUUCUUUGGCUGGAAUCUAAUUGAAUGGGAGAAGUCGUUGAAAGAACUCGUCACUCAGUGCGAGAAGUUGGAAUCACUUAUCUCAUCCAACCGAAUGAAACGAAUUACGUUCACCCAUAAAGAGCAAAUGAAAAAUCGUAUGAAAUUGAUAGCGGAACCUGUUUGGAAAGCACUGUUAACAUAUAUCCUCUUCGACGGUCUGUUCUUCCUCUCGAUAUUCUGUUCACAUCAAUACGCAAGAAAUCAUCGUCUUGAUGCCCAAUCGGAUACCUACAAGACAUUGGAUGUGGCUUGUUACUACUUAGCUUUUUUCGUUUUUCUCUUCAAACGAUCCUCUAUUUCCCAUCUUGAUCAAGAGUGGAACACAGGUAGAAAGAAGCUUCAGGAAUCCUAUACGGAAUAUUCACAUGUAGCUGAACAAACAGAAGAAUAUUUUGAUCAGCAGAGAGAUGAAGCUGCAAGGAAAGAUCAAGAAGAACAAGAAGAAAAAGAUUAUGAGAUUAUCUCUUAA